GGAGCACAGCCUGCUUGCAUAGACACAGUUAGUGAUGGACUUCCCCUCAUGACACGUAUAGGCUUUUUCUUGCCAUCUCACUCAAGAAAGGAUUCAAGCUUGAAGCAGCCAAGAGGCAUAAGGGACUAAGAUCAUACUGUAAAGAUUGUUUGCAGAUUUGUGGCUGCCAGAAUGUUCCAGAAUUACAAUGAAGACUUGAUGUCUGACCAUCCGUGUUUCUGGCACUGAACGUGCACUGAAGGCUUGCAGAGACCUAGGUUGUGGAGCGUGCGCAACUUGCCCUGCGAUAGUGCGGCUAUAUAUGCGAUAAGUAGAACUACACACAUACACUGUGCUGAAUUUGAAGCACUCUGGAGCUGAGGAAUUAAAACCAAGAGUAUGGUCCAGUGGUCCACCUCAGUCCGCCUGCUGGGAGGCCUUUUGGGCCUGUUUCUUCUCAUGCCUGUUCUGAUGGCCCCAACACCUCCAAGCAUGUGCACCCCUUUGAAGACCAUCAAUGACAGUCUCAGCCAUAGGAGACGCUACAUGAAGCACAACUUCCCUGUCAACUACACCAUCAGGAUUCAUCGUGAGGAAGUUUUUAAACUAUCAAACAUCAGCAAAAUGAGGUUACAGAUGGAGGAGUUAGAUGAACUAGUCCUCCAGAGGAUGUGGUUCCUUGUUAACCAAGGCGUGUUAAAAAAGAUUAGCCGAGUCUUGCCAGAGAGACAUCCUUCUCGUUCCUACACUGCAGAGUUGGAAUGGCGAUUGAGAGACGCCGAGGGAGUCUUUGUUGAGUUGCAUCCUGCGGAGGUGUUCCAGAGGGAGCUUCCGGAUGCAAUCCAAGACAUUUGGGACUGCUUAACAGAAGAACCAGACAGAGUGCCAGAGACUAGUUGGAGGUUUGCGUCUCCAAAAUCUCUUCUGGACAAUUUCUGUCACACUAUGCACUGCCUCUUCAGUGAGUGCUUUGAAGCCACGGAAACAACGGACUGUGAGUACAAGCCCCGCAUACAUGUGACACAUUCUUUAGCCACAACUUUGAAAUGAACAUCCCUUCUGUUUCAUUACAUUUGAACCAUUGUAAAAAGGUCAAAAGCUUGCAUACUUUCAUGACAGUUGAUCCCUGCAUUAUUGGGAUUCAGCAUACGCGACUCUGCAAAUUUGUGGAUUUUUGGUGUAAAUAAAGAUGCAAGAGAAGUCGAACACCGACAGGAUUGCCAAGGGAGUGAUCAAACACACUGGCAUCGAUUGGCGUAGCCUGUGGCAAGCAGAAACUAUUGUGGUUUUACAGACAAGUGUUGCCUUUUGUUGUCAUAACAUGCAUUGUUUUUGUGAUUGGCUUGAAAGGCAUUUAUUGGCUGAUGCCGAUCACAUGUUUUCUUAUGGACAUUGUCCGAUUCUAAUCGGUAGGGCUGGGCGAUAUAGCGAUAUUUAUUUUAAGCACGAUAUCAAAAACAAACAUAACGUUCAUAUCGAUAUAGACUGGAUUUGCGCUGCUCUCUUGUAUCUUGACACGGAGGUCUGUCUCGCUCUGCUCUGUGUGUCGGCGCUCCUAGAGGUGGCCAAAUGCAGUCCGUUUCAAGUGCGUUCUAUCGAAAUACGUAUUUGAUCUCAAUUUAUCAGGAAAAUGGGUUUAAACUUUGCUCCCAAGUAGUUGAACGAUUUCAUGGAAAAGUCUAGGUCUGCGUGGAGAUGUUGUCCCAUCACUCGCAGCGCCUGUAAAAAACAAAAGAAAAAACAAAGGCAAAGCCCAAUCUCACAAAUGACUAUGCAAUGUGCUGUAAAAAUGCAAGCUGAAGACUUCACAAAAUAUACUGGAAAAUCUGCCAUUCAGUAAACAAUGGUCUAAACAAUGGCUUUGUGACUUAAAAACUUAAUAAUUAAUAAUUCCAUGCACCCCAAACUUAUCUGACAUUCUACUAAAAGCUAAAGAACAUGUGUAGAUUUCAAUGUAGUGUUAAACAUUCUAUGUUCUUGUAAAAAAAUUAUUGAAAAAAUAAUGAGGCAGUCAGCAGGUGUCCAUUGAGGCUUCCCUCAGCUUUAUGCUGCCAACACAAACCAAUAAUUUAUUAUAUGAAUGUUAUGAGGACUUGAAGACAAUUUGAAGACAAUUUACAUUCAAAAAAUCCCUUUGUUAUUUGAACUUUACUGUAUAUUGCAAAUUGUAAACAUGUUUCCAUGGGAUUUCAUUAUAUGUUUCACUGUGGUACUUCUGGCAGCAGAGGCACGUGAAAAGCAUCACAUUAGCCUGAGGUGGGCUGUGCAUUGUACAGGGUGGGCCAGAAGUUUCCAUACAUAGGAAAAAUAACCAUUCAUGUUGGACAGCCGUUUUUAUUGAUAUAAUGUGCUCUAUAUGAUUACCAUUGUUUCGAAAACACAUAACACAUGUUUCCUGCAAGCGAUGAACUCGCAUUAGCACAGCUGAAGUUCUGCUUGUGAUGGCGUUGGUGAUAUGUUUCUUGAGAUGAUUUACGUCUCGUAUCUUCACCUGAUGCCCGAUGGCCUUCAAGUGCCCCCAAAAGAUCUAAAUCAAGCGUGAAACGCAUCUUGUGGGGUAUCCGAAACAUAUAAAAAUAUACAUGAUUAUACAUUUUCCUAUGUAUGGAAACUUUUGCAUUUUGGGGCAAGUGCUUUUUCAGACCACCGUACAAUGUAUUUACUGUAUUUAUGUAUUUACACACCUGUUUUGUUUGUGGGAAAUUUGAAAAAUGAUCAGUCUGGUCUUUUGAAUUGUUGAUUUGUACA